UAUGCAAGGACAGAUAUCAUAGUUGAAAUGUCCUGCAGGAAAACAUCUGAGGGAACUUUCAGACUGGAUGAUUUGUCCUUCUGCUCCAGACUAAUGUGAGGCAUCAAGCAUGGACGAUUUGGAUCACAGUAUUCACAUCGCAGAGUAUGACUGGAGAAGCUUCUAUGACGACAGCGAGGAGUGUGAUCUGCUGCAGGCUUCCCUCGCCUACCCGGAUGACUCCGGUCUCAGCGACUCCGAGGAUUCAGGAAACUUCAACACAAUCCAGCAGGAGACAAGCAAGAGUGCCGAGGAGAGCUGUGCAGGUGGCACACAGCUACCGGGGCGGCCUGUUCAAAGUGAUGCAACAUGCAUGAAACGGGGGGAAAUAUGUGUCGGCUGUCCAGACAGAAAUGCAAUCCCCACAGCGUCUGCACACAAAGAGGUUACACAAGAAAUUCUGGCCGAGACGAGUGACAGCAGCGCAACCCCCCCGCAAACGGAUUCACUGAGCAAUUACACUUCACGAGGAAGAGAAACGCUGUCAAAAGAUGAAGCUACGCAAAUGACAGGCGACCUCAAAUCCACCAAGAAACCCGACCUACUUUCCUAUAAAGAAGCAGCGCCGAGCCUGAGCGGGCCAGAGCCCACGGCGAGGGAGGCAGAGAAGGAGCGCUGGUUCGUGACGGUGAAUGACAAUCCGGCGCGACGGCGAGGGCGUCCUGCCUCUGUGAAAAAAAAACUCAAACCAAACAAAACUGGUGAGAGAGAAAAUGUUCAAAAUGCAGAUCUCAAACAAGAGCAAGAGCAAUCAAAGGACGCCCCAUCAAACCAAAGUGAGGAAUCUGGAGAUUUAUCAGAAGAGACGGUUAUCUCUCAGACAGUUGCAGUGAUGAGCAGAGACCAAAGUGAGCCAGGCAGCUCAGCAGACACAUCUUACGACAGCUUCUCACCCUCGCCAACAGUGCUAGAGCGUUUGCAGUGUUCAGGGCUUCAAGACGGCGCUGAGUUCUCCUCCACUGGCAGCUGGGAUUCUGACAGCUAUUUGUCAGCUGCUGAAUCAGUGGAGGGAGCCCAGCACCCUCCUCAAGAUUGCCUCAGUAAACACCUUCCUCUGCAAUGCGCGUUAUCCCCGACAUGUGACAGCCAGGACUUCGGCUUGACUCUCUCCAGCGAUGCAACGGCAGCAAACUGUGAGGGUUGUAACACUCCCGCUCCUCCUUCGGCAGAAGUACCAGAUCCAAACGUCCCAUCUGGAGAUGACACAUGUUCUGAAACCCGCCCACCACCUUUACUGUCUGCUGGAUCUCAGGAAGAUCAGCUCGGUUCUCUACCUGGUCUGGAUUCAACACUUUCCUCUGCAGCAGACAACCCAGAAACAUUUGCCAAAGCAGCAGGCCAGGCCCGGCCGGUGUAUGCAAUCUCUGCGUUCUGGAACGAAGUGGAAAAACUGACCAUAAAUGACAUUUUGCAGGUCAGGAUGGGCAGAAGCUCUAGAUUAUUUGACGAAAUAGGGAUGCCUAAUGCAUGCGGACCUCCUACAGACCCCGGCAACCUGGCUGAUGCUCUUGAAAGCACAAUGAUUGACACAUCUGACACUGCAGACUCGGACUACUUCACACAGCCGGAUGAAUCCAAGCCAGAUCGGUCAGUCUGUGAGUUUUCAACCUCAGAUUUUGAGGAGGAGUCCUGGCAGUUUGCCAGUGCAAGCACAAACCCCAGCCCCGAUCUUCAGAGCAGAACCCAACAGAGCGACUCUCCUUUCUUGCUAGACGAGGACGGCUCCACUGAUUCUGAGGGAAGGGAAACUCCCGUCACUCCAGACCAAAGUUUUGACAGUCAGGACUUCCAAAGUUUGCUCUCAUGGCCAAGAAGGAUGACAAAAAGCAGAAGUGUGUACAACAUACAGCCUCUCGGCACAGAGGAAUUACUUCCCCUACCCUUCCUCAGUACUGACAAGAGUAUUUUGCCUCUUAGCACACGUCAACCUCUCGAGGCCUUUUUAUCCCACACAGACUUACAGGAUUACAGAAUAUCCUUCCCGGAGAUCUUUGAAUACUUUUUCACAGAAUAUGACAACACAGAAUCCCAGUUUCUCACUGUCCGUGAUCCCGAGGACAUCUUUGUGUCUCCUGUCUUUCGCCCCUCUCUCUUCGCAUUCAGAGAAGACCCCGCUUCUCUCCAGUGUAGCACGGAGAAACCAAUCCCUAUCUUCUCUUGCUCUCAUCCUACUGUCCGAGACCUCACAUUCCCGAAUGCACGUGUUUUCCUGAGCGCAGACCACGAGGAAGCGGUCAGAGUCUCUCCAAUGAAACUAGUGUCUCAUUCGUUUAUUCAGGCCGGUGCGCACAGAUCCUCGGGGGCAGCAGGUGUGGGUGGAUCCCACUGCUGGAAAACUUUUCUGUCUUUGAGGAAAAUCCGCUUCCCAGGCAAAGGCAGCAUCUGCUGCAGUGAGUCGGGUGCAUGGAUUUUUCCCGUUCAGUCUAAAGAGCUCUGGAUUGGGGGACAGAAUCAAGCAGUAGCACUGCUCAGCGAGGGAAGAGUUGGUCUGGAUUUUUCACAGGAGUUCAGAGAGCUUGAAGAGCAACAGGGAGUUUCAGAAACUACGUGGACAACAAACCGAGAGGGCAUCUUCUCCAGGGUGAAGCAGUCAGAUAUGUGUUUAGUCUGCAUCGCUUUUGCCUCUUGGGUGCUGAGAUCCUCCAAUCCAGAGGAAGCAGAUGCUUGGAAAGCAGCUCUUCUAGCAAACGUGAGCGCUCUGUCAGCUAUCCAGUACCUGAGGCAGUACAUGAAGAUGGAGCACCGUCCCACAGACGACCUCUGACGGGAACACAAAAGGAAGAAAUCACAAACAUUCUCAGUUGGGUCCACACCAAUUUAAAAAUCCAACACAGAAAACAUCCACACGCAGCUAAACAUCUAGAGCGAGCUGAAGGUUCAGUGAAGAAAGAAAAGUCGCUCUGCUGCGUGGGUUGGGUUAUCUGCUUACCCAGGAGUCUGUGUGGGAACCAUUUAGUAAACAACUUUACUGAUGUACCAAUUUGUUUUGACCAGAAAAUCAAUUAAAAAGCAGGAUUCAAACGAUAUAAUAUUCCAAAAAUAGUGCUGAAGAUGUACAGUUCUGUUCAAAAUAAUAUGAAUGUGUUUUAAAAUGUAAGUAUAAAGCUUCACAUCCUUAUAACGGCUUUUAUGUCCACUCAGGUAAACGCAUUGGGAACAAGCCCCCUGCUGUUUCCAAUCAAAACAAACAGAAAACCUUAUUAAAAUGAUCACUUUAUAGAAAGCAAAGAAAAACUAAAUACAAUACAAGUGAAAAAAAUUUUUCUUUAUAAACUCAAACAUUUGGUGGUUAUACAGAAAAAUGCUCAAAGAUUUUGCUUUUCUAUGAUUCACCGAACUAAUAUCUAACAGUAUAAACACGGUUUCUGACAGCUGCUUCACAUCCGUGUUGGAUGGAGCCGACCGAUGUCUGGCACCUGCUGUGAACAGUUGCUGCAGCCCAGGACUUUUGGACAAUGUCCAGCAAUUGUCCAGCAAUUCCUCUAAGUGUCUUGCCUCAGAAACGGCACGUUUAAUGUCACCCCACAAACCUUUUUGAUUUCGUGCUGGCCACUCCUUAAUAUUAAUCUCUCUCUGGAACCAAGAUGCCACUUGCCUGCUGGUGUAUUGGGGAUCAUUGUCUUGUUGAAACACUUGUUUGAAGAGGAUUUCCUCUCUUCAGAUUUUCUGAUGGAUUCAAAUCCUUUUUUACGCAACAAAUGGGGCCAACAAAUACGGUGGUGUGAGAAAUAUCCCCAUCCCAUGAUGCCUGAGCCACCAGGCUUCACAGUGUACUGCAGCUUGAAUACCAGUGUUUGAGAAACUGUCCGCAGCCCUUAGACCCUAGAAAAACAAUCUUGCCUUCAUCAGUGUAAAUGCUGCUGAUCCAUUUCUCGUUUAGGCCAAUAAGUUCGUUCUCGUUACAAAGGGGCCUUGUUGAGGGAUUCUUGCUGACAGCUUUUGGUUUCCAUAUGAAAGCACUUAAGGUUAUUUUAGCCGAGCAGUUUAUCAUUUCUACUGCUCUUAAUGUGUUUUCCCCUCACCAGUGACCUUUUUGACCGAAGUACGCUGUUCUUCUGCACAAUGUCUAGAACGACCCAUUUUACUCAGAUGCUCAGAGAAGAAUAAACCAUCACAUUCGACAUCAGGGGGAGUGGUGGCCUGCAUGUCAAUGCCAUGACUGUUGGGUCUUUCGGUUUUCUGCAAUUCUACCACACUAAUACGUUAUUUAAAAGGGAUUUACCCAGAUGGGGAUGUUUGACAGCUAUUUUUCUAACAGAGCUGUAUGUGUAUUGUGGGUGUAACGGUACACAAGAAUCACAGUUUGGAACGUUUUUGGGUCUCUUCAAUCAAGAGAAACAAAUAAAAAGAGGAUAUUAUAGAACUGACUGGGAUAAACGGCUUUAGCCCCUGGAUGGAUGGAUGGAUGGAUGGAUGGAUGGAUGGAUGGAUGGAUGGAUGGAUCUUUUUAAAGCUGCGCUACAGAACAUUGCAUUGGACUCUUAUUUCACAUAUGGAUCCUGCUUGUGUUCAGGUAUUAUAUAGCUUUUUUGGUACAACAAUGUGUAUCGUUACACCCUUAAUAUGUACUAAACUUACAUGAUGCGGAAAAAUCAGGGUUGAGUUCAAAAUGUAUGUUUACAGUUUAAACCAGGAUCUGUCCUUUUUUUUUUUUUUUUAUUCCCAUCUGCGUUUCUCCUCCACGUGAGCUUACUUACAAAUGAACCACAAUACAAAGGCAGCAGCGCAAAUAUUUUAUACACAACUGGCGCUUUUACAUUUCCCACCAAUCAUGUUUCAGCUGAAAGCAGAAUUAACUGCCACUGCAGCCUGUUAUCUGUAGAAAAGACUCAAACAUGUCUGAAGAAUGUUGGCAAGAAAAGAAAUGGGAUUUAAAUGGAAUAAAUGUUUGAUUUAUGAAAAGGUGACACGGCUAGAGCUUUCUUCAGCUGAAAAUUAUUUAAUUGGAAAGGGAUAAAUUUUACUGUCUUUUUGCUUGUUGCAGCCAUUAAUCUUUAAACAGACUAGAGGCAAUUAAACAAUAUAUAUCCAUAACUGCUACAGUGUUUAAAAAAAGAUUCAAGAUUUCCAAUUUUCCUGCUUUCAAAUUCAAGCUUUUGCCUUGAAUCUGGUAAACCUGGUCCAGAACGCCCGGGUUGGUGUAGAAGAGAGCAAAGUGUCCGAAAGCCUGUACAGGAUGUGGGGUUGAGCUGUAGCAGCUGGUGGAUGUAUUUAUAUUUUUCAUGAACAGUAAGUCAUUGUAAAAAAGAAGGGACACCCCCAAUAUUUAGGUUGUUGUUACAAAGUUUGAUUGUUAGCGUGUGAUUUUGAAAACUUUAGCUUUGAUUUCAAAAUAUGAGAAUCUAUCCCAUUUAGAUGUGAUUUCCAUUUCAAAUUUAUAGGCGUUUUAAUCAGUUUUUAAAACCUUUCUGUAAGACUUGUCAAAUCAGGGCUGGAAUAUUCUACACCAAAUACAAAGGUUUAAAGCAUUGUUUAUGAUCUAUGAUUCUUUUAUUUAAUUUGGGAAAAUAAUGAAAUGUUUUUUGGGGGGUGGGAGUGUGUGACUACGUUAUUCCUCUGUCAGAAACUAAAAUGAUCAGUUCAGUUGCACAAGAAUUCCCAGUGUAACGCAAAUCAAAGACAAAAAUCAAAAUCGAAAUAACGUUUCAUAGAAAUUUUUUUCUAGACUGCGUAGGGCCCCUGUUAACUUUAAAUUCUUGGUAAUUAGAGGGUAAUUUCUUUUUAUCACAACUAUAACCUCAAAGCAACUGAUAAUGUAAUAACAGUCAAUGAUGUAAAGACUGAAAAAAAUUUGUACUGGCUUUGUUGCAUUCAAAAUUGCCUUAUUGCCUUGUAUUACAUUAUUGAUUGCGAUAUUUACAACUAGAUAUUGACCAUUCUAUUUGUUGUUGUCUCUUUUGCUGCCGGAUGUUUAGUAAAGAUCAAUCAAAUGGUUAUCUCAACACUUUCUUGUCAAACAAGACUUGGCUUCACAUGAUUUUCCACAUGUAACUGAUGCACUGCUCUGUGAUUUACUGCAAUAAAACUAUGAACAUGUGA